AAAAAACCUUUUUUUAAUUAUUGUUUUUUAAGGUGUACAAAACAAAGUCAGGUGACAUGCAGCGUAGUUAUUAGUGGUCAAAUUGCUGUAAACGUUACCGUUAUUUGUCUACUUAUGUUACAAAUGGUGAACUCGGAACGUACGCUUGUGAACGCUUUGACCAUCUUAAGCACCAGCAUAGCGGUCCUGGUUAGUACCGGUUUUCUUAUGUGGAACGCUGGUGACGUCACUAUCGAAGCAUCUCUCGUUCCAACUGCCAUGUUUUCAUCCGGUUGGCAUCACUGCAGAAGCCCCACAUCCGCAAGAAUUAGAAAACUGCUGGUCGUAGCAAUGACUCAGGGACAAAAACAUGUUGUAUUACGAAGUUUUGGAAUUGUUGAGAUAUCAUAUGAAUCGUAUCUAUCGAUUGUGAAAUCUUCGUAUUCGGCUUUUUCUAUCCUGUAUUAAGAUAGUAUAAUUGAGCUCUUAUGAAAAUUUGCAAUGUUUAAUAUUUUAUUUUUAAAUAAAAUUAUGGAUAUGCUCUUAA